AUCUAUUUGCAUAUCUGCGUAUCUAUGAAGUAAAUAAUAAAACAAAAUAGUAGCAAAAUUUAUUGGUUUUAUUUCUCUUGUGUUCGUUGUUUUAGCGGUUUUAUAUUUUGUACUGGGUUGAAUUGUGAAGGAAAAUACUUGAAAUUUUGUGUUUUUGAAAAAAUUGAAAGUUCUGAAAAAAAAAUUAUCUUAUUUUUAAAAACACUGAUAUUUUGGUUCAAUAAUGGUGGUUUUGAGUAGUUUUCCUCCUCCUUCAAGUGGAAUUAAAUGCGAACAACCUCUAACAAAGUUGUUCAUAAAUGAGAGAGAGAUUGGGACGGGAACAUUGUACAUUGCAACCAGCCACUUGUCGUGGGUUGAUGGCGUCACCGGGAAAGGCAUCUCCGUACAGUACGAACAUAUCACGCUUCACGCAGUAUCGAAGGACUUUAAUAUCCACCCAGACGAGUGCCUCUACCUCAUGCUGGACACGCAAAUCGAGUUUGCGGGAGAUGUGCCCGGGGAGGACGAGUCGGAGGACGAGUGCGACGAGAGCGGGAUGACGGAGAUCAGGUUCGUGCCGGACGACAAGGCGUCGCUCCAGGCGAUGUUCACGGCCAUGUCCCAGUGCCAGGCCCUCCACCCGGACCCCGUGGACAGCCUGUCGGAAGACGACGAGAUAUUCGAGGAUGCGGAGGAGGAAGGCGACUACGACACUGCGAACUUGGGCGGCGGAGAUGGGCCGUCCGUGCCAAACGGGGUGGAACACGGGGAGCACCAGCCGACUGUCAACGGGGACAACAACGCUGAACCCAUGGAGAUGGACGGACAGUUCGAAGAUGCGGACGAGUGAAGUGGCUUGGCAUGAUGAUCGUGCGAACUAAGUUAUUUGAUGUGAGACAAUGACACUGAUGACAUUGUGGUGGCACAUUAUGUUUUUAAGACUGUGUAACUGGAUGUUUUUGUAUUCUAGUUGACUUGGAAAUUGCAGCGAUUUUUUUCUUAUUAUGAAAGACAGCUUUUAUUGUCAUGAUUUGUCCGAUUUACGACGAAACUGUUUCUGUGUAAUAAUAAGCUUGUAUGUGAGGAACUGAAUAAAAAAUUGUAUAUUACA